AUGGCUACUACCUCUUCUUCCGCCUUGCCUCCCACUACCCGUGCGGUUGUCUGCCGCGAAUAUGGCAAACCGCUCUCCUUCGAUACCCUUCAAACACCCACUGCAGAACCCGGCAGCGCCGUUGUCAAGAUCCUCGCGGCUAUUGUUGACCCCUCAGAAAAAGAGCGGUUGCUUUUGAAGGAGCGUAACGUUCACUUCAGCCAACAGCCGCCUUUUAUCCCGGGAAACUGCGCGGUUGGAAGAAUUGCAGCAUUAGGAAAGGACGCGACAAGCCUGAAACUCGGCCAACUCGUUCUGCUGGACCCUUUUACGCGCGGCCGAGAUGACCCCAAUGCCCAGAUUAUCCGAGCAGUGUUUGAAGGACCUUCGCCUUCUGCUAAGGCACUAAGCCAUCAGGAAGGUCUCUGGCGAGAUGGCUUCUGGACUGAAUAUGCUCGUUCUCCCCUGGAAAACUGCUUCCCACUUGACGAAAAAGUCCUGCUCGGCAGCGUUGAACAGGGCGGCCUCGGAUAUGGCAUUGGAUCUAUCCCCUACCUGAUGAAACAUGCGGUUGCUUAUGGAGGACUCAGAGCCAUCGACCUCAAGGCUGGCGAAACAAUCAUCAUUUCCCCCGCUACUGGCAACCAUAGUGGUGCUGCCGUUCAAGUUGCUACAGCCAUGGGUGCCCGUGUUAUUGCUGUCGGUCGUAAUGCAGAGACCCUUAAACUUCUUGCCGAGAGCAACCCUAGGGUCCAUCCGGUUCAUCUGACUGGAAACGUUGGCCAAGAUGUCGGGCUAUUGACUCAGUUCGGCACCGUUGAUGCUUUCAUGGACUUUACUCCUAGUUCAAUGCAGAACCCAUUGCAUAUGAAGGCGUGUGUAUUGGCCGUCAAGCAGUACGGCAAAGGCGUCCUUAUGGGAUUCCCCCACGGCGACUUCUCGUUGCCGUACGGGCUGGUCAUUGGGAAGAAUAUCACCAUCAGGGGACAAUACAUGUAUGAGGGGGAAGAUGUGAGAGGUUUGAUCAAGCUGACAGAGCGAGGUCUGCUAAAGCUCGGAGAAAGCAGCGGUGCUCGAGUACUCGAUUACACACUCGAUCAGUACAACGAAGCUAUCUCCAAAGCGGCGGAAAGUCAAGCAUGGGGGUUGCAGGUAGCCAUUCGGCCAUUCACCGAAUAG